GAUGGCGGUGCGGAAGAAAGACGGCGGCCCGAAUGUAAAAUAUUUUGAAGCGUCUGAUACCGUUUCGCAGUUUGAUAAUGUCCGCGUCUGGCUGGGGAAGAAUUACAAAAAGUACAUCCAGGCGGAGCCCCCCACAAACAAGUCCCUGUCCAGCCUGGUGGUGCAGCUGCUCCAGUUCCAGGAGGAGGUAUUUGGGAGGCAUGUCAGCAACCCUCCCCUCACCAAACUGCCCAUGAAAUGUUUCCUCGACUUUAAAUCAGGAGGGGCCCUCUGCCACAUCCUGGCCGCCGCCUUCAAGUUCAAGAGCGACCAAGGAUGGCGCAGGUUUGACUUCCAGAAUCCGUCGAGGAUGGACCGGAAUGUGGAGAUGUUCAUGACCAUCGAGAAGUCCCUGGUGCAGAACAACUGUUUGACUCGACCUGUGAUCUACCUAAGCUCUGACAUUGAGCCCAAAUUGCUCGGGAAACUGAAAGACAUCAUCAAAAGACAUCAGGGCUCAGUGACUGAGGACAAAGCCUCCAGCUCCCAUGUGGUAGUUCCUAUUCCCACCAGUCUGGAGGAAGAGGAGUGGGUGCGUCCUGUGAUGAAGAGAGACAAGCAAGUGCUGCUCCACUGGGGUUAUUUCCCUGACAGUUAUGACACCUGGAUCUCAGCCAGUGAGAUAGAGGCCGCUGUGGAGGAUCCGCCCAGCCCAGAGAAGCCCAGGAAGGUCCAUGCCAAGUGGAUCUUAGACCUGGACCAGUAUAACGAGUGGAUGAAUGAGGAGGACUAUGAAGUGGGAGAAGGCGGCCCUAAGAGGAAGAGGAUCUCAGCAAAGACCCUGACGGACGAGGUGACCACGCCUGACGAGCGCAGGGACAAGAAGCCCGGCAGUGCCAAGAAGAGGAAGCGCUCGCCGUCGCCCUCCCCCACGCCUCCUCCCCAGGAGAGCAAGAAGAAGAACACCAAAAAAGGGCCAACAACCCCGUACACAAAGUCUAAAAGGGGCCAGAGGGAGGAAGAACAAGAAGAUCUUACUAAAGACUUGGAUGAAGCAUCACCAGUACCAGCGACAGAAGAGGGCAACCCAGCCAAGACAACUAGCACCAAGAAAGACUCUGAUUCGACCCCAGUCAAGGGAACAGACAUGGAUGAGCAAGAGGAUGAGUCCAUGGAAACAACUGGAAAGGAGGAGGAGGAAGGCUCUCCGAGUGUGAAGGGUGAACCGGUUAAAGGCUCAGACCUCCAUGAGGACAAUGUGACCGAGCAGACCCACCAUAUCAUUAUACCCAGCUACGCCGCCUGGUUUGACUACAACAGUGUUCAUGCUAUUGAACGCAGAGCCCUCCCUGAGUUCUUCAAUGGCAAGAACAAAUCCAAAACCCCCGAGAUUUACUUAGCUUACAGGAACUUUAUGAUUGACACCUACCGGCUGAACCCUCAGGAGUACCUCACCUCCACCGCCUGUCGCAGGAACCUGGCAGGAGACGUGUGUGCGAUCAUGAGAGUCCAUGCUUUCCUUGAGCAGUGGGGGCUUAUCAACUACCAGGUGGACUCUGAGAGCCGGCCCACACCCAUGGGCCCCCCACCGACCUCUCACUUCCACGUCCUGGCAGACACACCAUCCAGCUUGGUGCCCCUGCAGCCAAAGGCCUCCCAGACCCCAGCUACCCAGCAGAUGCUGUCCUUCCCAGAUAAGGUGAAGGACAAGCCAGCAGACCUGCAGAACUUUGGGCUCCGGACAGACAUGUACAGCAAGAAGACUGGCUCUACAAAGAGUAAGAGUGCAGCAAGCUCCAUGAGAGAGUGGACAGAACAGGAAACACUGCUGCUACUUGAGGGCCUGGAGAUGUACAAGGAUGACUGGAACAAGGUUUCUGAACACGUCGGCAGCCGCACACAGGACGAGUGCAUCCUGCACUUCCUGCGGCUGCCCAUUGAAGACCCCUACCUGGAGGACAGCUCCUCCACCCUGGGGCCGCUGGCUUACCAGCCUGUACCUUUCAGCCAGGCUGGAAACCCUGUCAUGAGCACCGUGGCCUUCCUGGCCUCUGUGGUUGACCCACGUGUGGCUUCAGCCGCAGCCAAAUCUGCCCUGGAGGAGUUUUCUCGUAUGAAGGAGGAGGUCCCUGCAGCCCUUGUUGAGGCCCAUGUGCGGCGGGUGGAGGAGGCAGCGAGGGCCAGCGGCCGACAGGAUCCUCUGUAUGGCCUGGAGGGUAGUGGCAUCGCAGGCACCGGCCUGGAGGAGGGAGAAAAACCUGAUGAAAGCAGUGAAGAAAGUAAGACUGACAGCCAAUCAAAUGAAGAGAAGAGAGAGACCAAGGACAGCAAAGAUGGAGCAAUGGAGGAAGAGGAGAAGCAGGGAGAAAAUGGGAAGAAGGAAGAAGAGAGAGGGAGAGAACCUGAAGGAGAAAGAGAGGCUGAGAAAACAGACUCAGAAAUGGGUGAUGGAGAGAAGGAAAAGGAUGGAAAGGAGGGAACGGAGGAGGGACAGAGAGAAGGAGACAGCGAAGGAGAGAGGAAGGCCAAGGUGGAACGUGAUGUGGGAGAGGGGAACCUGGCCACUGCUGCUGCAUCUGCCCUGGCAGCCGCUGCUGUCAAAGCCAAGCACCUGGCAGCAGUGGAAGAGAGGAAAAUCAAAUCUCUGGUGGCUCUGCUGGUGGAGACCCAGAUGAAGAAGCUGGAGAUUAAACUGCGACACUUUGAAGAACUGGAAACUAUCAUGGACCGCGAGAGGGAGGCUCUGGAGUACCAGCGGCAGCAGCUGCUGGCAGACCGUCAGUCGUUCCACAUGGAGCAGUUAAAAUAUGCUGAGAUGAGGGCUCGCCAGCAGCAUUUCCAGCAGAUUCAGCACCAGCAGCACAGCCAGGCAGGCGGGCCUCACUCCAACCAGGCUGCCUCAGGCCAACCACCACAGGCCCUGGCAGCUACUCAGCCAGCUCCCAGCACACCGGGGCCACAGCCUGCGCCCAGCCCAGCACCACCUGCCUCCACUGGCCAGGCUCCUGAGUCCCAGCAGCCUCCAGGCCCUCACACCUCGCCCCCAUGCCCACCGGGACAAGCCCCUGCCGCCCACUCCAGCUCCAGCACUACUCCAGCACUCCAUGAGCCUACUGCCCCUCUGCCAGGGGACACACUCCACCCCGCAGCUCCAGUCCCCCCUCCACAGUGAGACAUACAGAAAGAAGUAACAGCUUGGAAAUCCGAAUGACUGACCACUUUGAAUCCUGCCAGGAUCAUCUGAAAUGAAUACGUCAGAAACCGAAGGAAGAGAAUUUUUUUUGACAUUUUCAGUUUUUAUUGACAGGACCAUUAAUGUGUGAAUGAAAAAAAAAAUAGCAUUUCAUUAAGUCAAGCCACCUUUACUUGAAUUAUCUGUUGGAAAAGAAAUCCCUUCAAAUUUAAUCUGUACAAGAAAAUGCCAAUGAAGAACACUGAUUUUCAUAUAGAACCCCCCCCUCCUGUAUGCUUCAUGUGACAUCAACAUGUCGCUUCACUACUUUAAUCUGAACACCAGAAAUCUGGUAAACUAAGAAGGUCUCAUCGAUAUGCUCAUUCAAGGCAAUGAAGAGAAGGCAAAGGACUCGUCUUGUGGUUUUACCGUUUUGAACAUUGUUGCUUUCAUUUUCUUCAGUUGUUUAUUGCAGCUUCUGAAGUCACAUGCUUAACAAUCUCUCCAGGGGCACCGACAUAUUGCCCCUUUGUAGGUUGUAGUCCAAAAUGUGGAAGAAAAAAUGCACUUUGAACAUAUGUUUCCCCCAGGUCCAGUCAAAGACUUGGAGCAUUAAUGAAAUUGAACUUAAGCACUUAAUGUCCCUUUGUUGUCUUAAAUACUUUUUUCAUGCUUAAAAAGUAUGGGAAACUUAAUUGGAUGUUUUAGGUUUGUUAUCGUGUUUUUUGAAUGGCCCACAGGUCACUUUACAGGGUCGCUUGUCUAAUGAUAAUGUCUCUCCAGAAAAAUGUCUAAUAGGCAUGGAAAUGAUUAAAUCAGGAGCCCGUUUGAAACAGUUUGAAAAUACAUACUGUAAACUGGAUUUUCUGUUACAAUACUGUUAGAAAAGCUUUUUUGUUGCUUUUUGUACACCUUUUGGUGUCCUACAAAUGACAGCAUGGAAACUAUUUCAAAGUACUGACAAAGUUUAGCCUUUAGCAGCCAUUGACGGCCCACACACGAGGUCAGCGUCCUGCAAGGACUUCCUUAAAUUUAGCCUCCUUUGCGACAGACUGAUCCAAUGCACUUAAUAAUAAAGUAAUAUAUCAGUGAGGGGCUUCAUGUGAGGUCACUUUCAGCCAGUCGGAUGAGGUCAAAGCAUCAAGGUUGUAGUUUUAUGAGGAAUGUAGUGUUCAAAAGAAAUGACUCAAGAGGUCUGGAAAAAUCAUUUUAGCAGUGACCACAGACAUGUUUAUUCAUGAUUUGAAUAGUUUUUAAUCGCUAAACCAAAAUCUUUUUUAUAAUCAUGUUGAUCUCAUGUUUACUCAGUGAGUUUGUUGGGUACAUCCAGAUGUUGUUGUUUGGGAAAUUAGAUUUUUAGUUUUUGCUGGUGCAUUUCAAGUUACUGAUGGAAGGAAUGAUAAAGCUGUAAAA